AUGUACUUUGAGCAUCUCCCGGCGGAAUUAUACGAGGCAAUCUUCCGCCAGGUUCCCUCUCGAGAAAGUCAAAGAACUGUCCUGGCAGUCAGCAGGGCCAUUCCUUCGGCACCGGUCCCGCUGUAUUAUCUCUUCCGCAAUCUUUGCAUCUCCGUCCCCGACCAAGCUAUCCGAUUCUACAGUCGAUUUCGUCGUCGCACUACGACUCAAGAUGACAGUCAAGACACCACAGCCACACUAUCAGAACCUGAACAAAAGGCGGCCUGGGUAAAAGAGCUCUAUGUCGAAACAUGGGAGAUGGAUGCCGACGUUUUCCUGAACCUGGUCCGCCUCUUCCCCAGACUUCGCGUGAUGAGCAUACGAAUUGGACCGACCAAUUUUGCUCCUGAACACCUAGAAGACCUAUUCUCUAAGCCUUUUCCUGGAAUACGAUAUGUCAACUUGAGAUUUCGACCUUAUGUGCAGAAGGCGACGUACUAUCAGUUUCUGAAGGGUGCCUACUUUGAUUCCACUUUGCUAGCCAUCUCUCGUUGGCCCUCAAGUCAUUUGCCCACGAUUUCUAUCGUACAAGACGCAUUGGAACCUGAAGUCAUCCAGAAGCAUGCCUUUGCUCAACCACUGGUCUUCCACCGCCUGGAUUACACUCUUUCUAUAUUCCUACAUUCCCAUGGCGUUUCUCGCUCACUAAAAGCCCUACGGUUUCGAAUUCCUGGACGACCCAUCGCUAGAUCUUUGUGUAGCCCAGUCCCUACCCCCCCGAAUUCCGAUUUCAACCUUUCAAAGGCUCCAGCGUCAUUGGAAUUCCUCGACGUAUCAACCUGUGGUGUUUUGGAGAGCGAAGUCGAUACCAUCCUGGUGCGAUUCACGGCUUUGAAGCAUCUCAUUCUCGACGGCUGCGCGAUCCUACGCGGCGAGCUCCUCGAUGGAGAGUGGAACGCAUUAGGCAAGAGAUGCGCUCUCGUUGGUGCCAGGCGAGCGAAGGAACGUGAAAAGGCCUUAAAAGCUUGGGCGGAGGUGGUGAAGCUGUCGGCCGCAUCCGUAUCUGCAACGACAGGCAGCGAUGCACCUGCGGAGCGAAGGACCGCCACCAAAAACUUGAAAAAGGCGAAGCGAGGUCGGAAGGGUCUAGCGGCGGCGACCAUAUCGCUCCGUAAUCAGGAUUAUUCUGAUCGACCAGCAGCAGCGAGUUCCCGAGUACAGUCAGAAGGUCAAAGAACGGAAGAGAAGAACAAGCCCCCUUCGAAAAUCCGGAUCUUUCCUUCUCUCCCAACUCUUAAAACCAUCUGCGUCACCGUGUCGCCUGCGAUUAAACCAGACAAGUAUUCAAUGAUUCGGGCUGAAUUCGAGUCGGGGUGGGCGGAAGGUGUUGCCUUGCUCUCAGUCACACGAGCAAGGCAAAGGGCUAGUGCUCGAAAUGGGUUUCGAAUUAUGCGAAUCGUUGCAUCUGACGAAACAGACGAGGAAGACUACGAACCAAGUCUGAAGGGUCUUGAAGAUGUUGGAAUGGAUGACGAGGAAGUCUUUGCAAUGAAGUUGGAAGAUGGUUCGGAAGUCCUUGAGAUGACGGCUCCAGUAAUAUGUUUCUGUGGUUCUGAGAGGGAGGAAUUUCAUGAACCAAAUUGCGGACAUAGGAUUGGUCGGAAGCUCAUGGGAGAUGAUUUGUAG